UAAGAGCUUAUGUGUUCAGAGCCUCUGCUUUGGCUGCUGAAACUUGUGGAGGGGAGACAGACCAGGCUAAGAUGAAGUCUCACGCGGAAGAACCAGCUUGUCUGCUAGCCAACAUCACCAUGUUCAGCAAGAAGAAAAAACGCAUUGAGAUAUCUGCUCCCUCCAACUUUGAGCACCGGGUCCACACAGGAUACGACCAGCAGGAGCAGAAGUUCACGGGGCUGCCGCGGCAAUGGCAGGGCAUCAUCGAGGAGUCGGCCAAACGGCCAAAGCCGUUGAUCGAUCCAGUCUGCAUUACGGCGGUCCAGUCUGGUUCCCAGAAGACCAUCGUGCGGGGGAACAAAGCAGCCAAGGAUGGUUCCCUGGCCUGGUUGCUAGAUGAGUUUGAGAACAUGUCGGUGUCCCGUUCCAAUUCUCUGCGAAGGGACAGCCCUCCCUUCCCUCCCCGGCAUGACCAACUGUACCAGGAGAACGGCCUGAGCGAAGCACUCGCCAGACCCCGGCAUUAUCACCACCAACACCACCACCAGCAUGCUGAGGAAGAUGCUGGGGGAGGCAGGAGCAAAGAGCCCAAGGAGCAGCGGAACCGACACGGAGCCAAGAACGAACCGGAGCAGAGCAGGGAAUGGACUGCUGUGCCACACCACCGGGGGCAAGAGCCCGCCAGCAAAUCUCACCAGCUCUCUGGCCACCAUCGACCGCCUCCUCCUGAGUACCACAAGCCUGCCUUGGACCACAGGCACAGACCCCAUGAGCGAGAUGGGAGGAAGGAGCCCCCCGAUCGUGUGGUUAGGAGGGAACGCACUGAUGGCCCUGACAAAAGGCCCAAGUCUGCCUUCACAGGGGAGACCAGCCCACAGUCCCCCCGGGAAAAGCGGCCCCUGUCGGGCCCAAAUAUCCGGACCCCCAACAUUCCUGUCUCAGAGGGGGUCAUGAAAACGGCACAGCAGACCGGACGGCCGUUUAACACGUAUCCACGAGCGGACACAGACCCUGUCCGAGGUGUUCAGGCAGAGCAUAGAGCUGGGAAACCCCAGGAAACAGCAUCCAACGGUCCUAUCAGUGGAAACAGCAGCUCAUCCAGGCCCCCCACGUCAGGCCCAGCAAGAUCCAGGAACCCAGAGCCACCCCAUUCGGGACUCUCCCAGCAUGCCUCAGACCCCCACUUAACACACAUCCCACCCCCGGCCCAUCAGCCUUCGUACUCCCCACAGCAGCCCCCAUCGGCUCCACCACCUCAGCCCCCGCAACAGCCUCCAGGCCCGCCUCCCCCAGCCCCUCAGCAGCCACGCUCCCCCCAGCGUGAGCCCCAGCGUGUCUCCCACGAACAGUUCCGAGCUGCCUUACAGAUGGUGGUUGACCCAGGUGACCCCCGAACCUACCUGGACAAUUUCAUCAAGAUCGGGGAAGGGUCCACUGGCAUCGUGUGCAUCGCUACUGUCAAGAGCACGGGGAAGCUGGUGGCUGUCAAGAAGAUGGACCUGCGGAAGCAGCAGAGGCGGGAGCUGCUCUUCAAUGAGGUGGUUAUCAUGAGGGACUACCAGCAUGAGAACGUGGUCGAGAUGUACAACAGCUACCUGGUGGGCGAUGAACUGUGGGUAGUCAUGGAGUUCCUUGAGGGUGGCGCACUGACUGACAUUGUCACACACACAAGGAUGAACGAAGAGCAGAUUGCAGCAGUUUGUCUAUCUGUCCUAAAGGCGCUUUCAGUCCUCCAUGCUCAGGGCGUCAUCCACCGUGAUAUCAAGAGUGACUCCAUUCUGCUCACCCACGAUGGCCGGGUCAAACUCUCUGACUUUGGAUUUUGUGCUCAAGUGAACAAGGAGGUGCCACGGCGCAAGUCCUUGGUUGGGACCCCUUACUGGAUGGCACCAGAGCUCAUCUCCCGAUUGCCCUAUGGGCCAGAAGUGGACAUCUGGUCCCUUGGAGUGAUGGUUAUAGAAAUGGUGGAUGGAGAACCCCCUUAUUUCAAUGAGCCUCCUCUAAAGGCAAUGAAGAUGAUCCGAGACAAUCUGCCACCUAAACUCAAAAAUGUGCACAAGGUUUCACCUUCUUUGAAGGGGUUCCUUGACCGCUUGCUGGUCCGAGACCCAGCCCAGAGAGCCACCGCAAAUGAACUCUUGAAGCACCCCUUCCUGGGAAAAGCCGGGCCCCCUUCCUGCAUCGUACCCCUGAUGAGACAGAACCGGAUGAGAUGAAAAGAGACGGAUGAAAGAGGGCAACUUACCAAAGAGCGAGCAAAAGAAAGAAAGAGGGAGCCUCUAUCAUCCCUGGCCGGUCCCAUGAAGGCAGCUCCAAACUCUCCAGUGUCCCUGUGGGCUUUGUGGCCUUUCCUAGCCUUCUCCCCUGGGGAAGAAGGACUGUUUCCCUGCAGACCCUGAAGGCAGAAAGGGCUGGUGGGGAGUGGGAGAGACUUAUCAUAUCAGGGACUUGCGGGGGCCUGAAGGCUGCCCUUCCUUAAGGACUUCUUUUUGCCUGCUGAUGACACUGGAUCCUCAUAACUGGAGUUCAGCCUUCCUGCCACCAGCUCCGCUUUCCCAUCUCUGGCAGGGACACUCUCUGCAUCUCCAUUCUGUACUACUGAGUUGGAAGGGAGGGGGGUUGACUGCUGGGGUGGGAAGUUUUUAAAAGACUAUAACAUUUCCAAUUGCCAUUUAUCAUUUAUAUCAAGAGUCUAGGACAGUGGUGUUCUGGACUGUGGGGUGGGAGAAGAGGUCAAAAACACUAUCCAUCUCCCGGCUGGGUCUUCAGAGUCAUUCUUGUUCUCCUGUCCUAGAAAGCCCAUCCUUUCUUCUAGUUAGUAAAGACAGAAGAGGCAGAGGGGCCUUGGAGGAAGUGGGGAGUUCCACUCCAUAUACAUACACACACCUACUUCAGUUUCUGGGGACUUGGAGAAUGGUAGACAGAGUUACAGCCCGAGUCUUUCCUUUUCGAAAGCACCUGCAGUUAUGAAUUGGGGGAAUGUCCUUAGCAGUGAUAUUGCUUCUCUGCAAAGGCAACAAGAUGGUUUCUCUCAGGUGCCCCAGUCUUAGGCAGGAAGACUCUCAAUAUAUAGAACAGGCUUCUUUGUUGGGUGAGGGGCAGCUUGGUGCCGAUAAUCUGGAAUUCUUCUCUUGUUCCGAACUGCCAGUUAUAGUUUGGGGUUCUCGGUCCAAAGUUAGAGGGCCCAUGUGGAGCUUCUCAUCUUGUUUUUUGUUUUAAAGGGCUCAUUUUGGAAGGGCCCAAAUACCUCCUGGACUUGACUGUGAGGGUGCAGGUCUUUCAGCCGGCAAGUGUGCCACUGUUGCAGAAGCAUUCUCCCUACUGCCAUGAAAGAAGCAAACCUCAGGGUGGGAGAUGUGUUUUUAUAUAUAUCAGGGGAACAUUAGGGGGACCUCUGGGUAGCAAACCAGCCCUCCCCUCUAAAGGUCCUCCACAAUAAACAGCUCGCCUUGAGGCCACGCAUUAACCCCCAUCCACCGCUGGGUUUCUUACAGCUUGGCUAAGAACUGCCCUUCCACCUGAUGAGCCCCAAAGGCCCAUUUUAAUCAGAAGACUUUCCUUUCUUGCUCAGUUUUUGCAGAGCUUCAGAAAGAGUUGGGUGGUCAGCAAGAUCUCUUCUUCUCACAGCCUUCAGCAUCCCUUAUCCACACCAUUGGAAACCGGGCCAGAAUAAUGCAGGGCUUGUCCCUCUCUCUUCCCUUGGUUGUCCCUCGACUCCCUCUGUCCUUUCCUGCUUUCUGCUUGGCCCUGUAGCAAGGAGGUCUCUCUCUCUUCUGCCUUCCGCUUGCUUUGUGAUUAACUCCCUGUCCGUUACUGCAGAGUUGUAGCUUUAGGAUUGCUUAACUUGAAUGGUGCCGGGAUUUCUGGAUGCUCUGCAGAUUUGCUCUGACUCAGAAGGUGGCUUGUGGUUUGGGAUGAGGUAAGAGGUAAGAGGAAGGAAAGGGGUAGGUGAGGUGCUCCCUGCCCACAUUCAUACUGAAAUUCUGUCACUUGAUAUUGGUCUGAGCAAAGGAGGAGGAGAUCAUUCAUGCGAGGAGAAGGUUCCCAUCUCUCUUGGUCUUCCUGCUUCUCCUUGCUGGGUGUUUUGAGCUGGUCUCAGCAUAUAAAAUAAUGUGUCUUCAAACGCCUGUAAAUUUUUUGGCACUUGCUCCUCAAAGCAUCUAAGGUCUCAUGAUGAAGAGAACCACCAGAACAUCAUCUUGGCUAGGUAUUUAUUGGGAUGCAUCAACCAAAACUCAGGGCCUUCUGUAUGCCUCAAAUUCUGCUCGUGCCAUCUGGAAACAUGGGCAAAGGCAGGCAUGCUGAGGGAGGUCAAACCAUUGUUUGAGGGUCUGAUAGAUUGGCUCUGGGCUGGACCAGUAGCAUGGGCAGGAACCUUGUUCCAAGUGUGGUUCCUUCUUGGUUGGUCUUGCUUCUGGAUCAGUGAAAGCCUCAGUCUGGAGGCCAGGAAAUAGGAAGGGGAUGGCAUUCUCCUUUCUCUGUGAAAGAAGGGCCUUCAGGGGGCCAGAGUUGCCUGGUGUUUGCUUGUCAGUGUCCCUAAAGGACACUCGGGUAGGAAAAACUGCUUUGAUGAAGACAGCAAGUUUGUUCAUGGACUCUAAAGGACUCCUCCAUCCUUCUCUUCUUUACCAUCUCUUUCCCUUGCAUGCUGUCUAUUGUGGUGUUUUUCUGCAUGCCAGAAUUAUGAGAAAGGGUUCUGUUUUUCCCUCAAGGGUUUGGGGAACCGUCAACAGGUAUAUCAUACCUUUCUUUCACUGUGUUACUACUUCGGUUGGGUCGGGGCAAUGGGGAAGGAGGGAGGGAGGGAGGGAAGCAUCUCAUGUCCUCAGGGCCCUCUUUCGAUGCAAACUGCCCAUCUUUCUUCUCACUGGUGUUGCUUCUGUUUUGCUGCAUCUGACCCUCCUCUCCCUCACACACACACAACCAGGAUUUCCCCUGCGUUUGCCUGCUUCUGUGGGACUCACACAGUUUUGCUUUUCAGAGGAGCGGUCUGAGUUUAUCAAAAAUCAACAACAAUCUUGCACAUACCCACUUCUCAUUGAGGGAAGCUGUAUUUAGGAAACCCAAAAUAGGCAAUGGCUGUUGAGCAUGAUUUGCAAAAAGGCCCCACUAUUCUCUUGUUGCUGGGAAAUUCUUUUUCUCAGCAAACACCACACUACACAGCCAUGGGCUUUGUGUUGCUGUCACAUCCCUGGAAAAGCAUGCCACUAGUUUUGAACUCUACAAAUGUUGUUGUUUCCCGCCAGCCUGUGUCCCACCCUCCCCGAUCCUGUGUGAGCCUGAGCAUCCCUGCUGCUUUGUGUGGGUCUAUUUUCUCUGCCCCAUGCACACAUCUUGGGGGGGGGGUGUGUGUGCUACUUUGCAAAGGUCCCUGCCAUCAAAACCUCAAAACAGGUGAGCCUUUGAGGUCCAGCAAAGCAAAUACUCAAAAGAGCUCUUCCAGCAGGCAGGGUCUGGGCUUUUUCUCUUGACUUCCAACCACUGUAACCACGGAGGAACCAAAUCCCCCCCUUUUACAACAAAGUGGGUAUUGUACCACAUUUUGGGAACGGUUUUUAACUCUUCUUGCAGCUUUCAAUCUGAGCCAGCCCCUUCCCUUUCUUUAAUUGUCUGGAAAACUUGCAGGUAAACCUUCAUUGGAAAGAAGGUCCCGAAUUGCUGGGUGACACUCCCCAUUCCCCCUCGCUGACAGCCAGCUUCAGGAAUCACUCCUUUGUGCACACACAAACACACUUCUUAAGGGCACUAACACCUCUCAAGGAUGCAAAAACACUACACUUUUCCAGCAAGGAAAAAGUCUGGCUGUCGAAAUCCCUCGAGGGAAGAGGUGUCACACAGCGAUAGCCUCCAUUUCCCAAAUGCCACACAACCUCACUACUCUCUCCCAUCCCAUCCCAGUUCUUUUUAAGGUGUCGAACUGGAAUUUUAACUCUUAUGCCUGGUGGAAACUGGCAUUGCGGACCCACGCCUCUGGCCUCCUUGUAGCUGGAAGGUUUUUAUAUAUCUCUGGAGGUUUGGGGCUGAGGGUCUCUUCCCUCCACCCUUCGCCAGCUACAAGAAUUACUACUGAUUCAUUUUGUGGGGUUUUUGUUACCGUUGUUUAUUUUUAAAGAGAGAAGUUAUUUAUAUUGUAAUUUUUUUUGUAACACAAACAGUAUUUUGCGUUGGGAUGAUUUUUAAAACUCUUUGUUUCGGACAGACUGCUGUGACUUAAUUCCUAAUAACGGUUCAGCCAUGAAUUGUAUAAAGAGCCUGGAUUUCGUG